GAGGAGUUGGAUAACUUUAUUCAAAAUUAAAGUUUCAAAUUUGAUAAUCUUGAAAUGUUUUUGAGCUAAAUUAGUCUGAAAUGUAAGAGUUUGGAUUCCCAUUUUGUGCGUGCUGCUGCAUAGAAUGAUCCUCUUGAGUUGACUGCCCCACCAAAGCCACUGUCAAGAGACUCAAGACACCAGAUUUGUCCAAGAAAAGUCUAUUACUUCUUUCCAGCAGGCCGCAACCACCUUUGCACUCUAUACUUUUUCAUAAUAAAUGUGAAUUAUGAAAAGUGGAUAACAAAUAAAAACUGUAUGACAAUUCCCAGAUAUAAAACCAUCCCCAUCUACUAUCUACUAUAUUAAAUAAAAUAGUAAAAGGAGUUCAGAAUAUAAGAGAAAGAUGGCCGAUAAUGAAUCCAUCACCCUUUCCAAAAGAGAAGUGUUCAAGAAGAAAUGGAAGCAAAGAUCAAAAACCCGCAGGUUCCCGAGAGUUAUCGGCUCUAACAAGCCAUCAUCUUCGAAGCCGAGGCAAUCACUAUUAAAAUCACGAUUCUGUUGUGGUUAUACCGAUCCAUCCAGCUCAAGCAGGGAUGGAUUUAGGGGGGGGGCGCGGGGGGGGCGACCGCCCCCCUUGGACAUUCAAUUUUUUUUUACCAUAUAUAAUCCUGGAUCCGUCCCUGAGCUCAAGUGGUUGCUCAACUCCAGAUGAACAAAGCCCUUUACAACAAGUGCCAGACUUCAUCAUGGCCAGCUCACCAUCAUCCUGUCAUGACAUCAACACAUACAAUGUUCAGUCUGCAACUCUUGAUCACCAGGGAAAGGUUUUAGACGAAACAAAUCCCGUGGAUUGUUCGGAUUCACGAUCAGUGAACCUGGAGAACAAAACCAACAAGAUGAAUAAUUUCCGAAGCACGAAGUCAUUUAGGAGAAAGGGGAGAUCAAGAAUCAUGAAACAGACAAAACCUUUAUUGGAUGAAACAGAAACAGCAUCAGAAUCUUCUGCAACUGAUAUAGUAGAGGCUAAAGGGAAGGAAGAAAUUUCUAAGGAAAGUCAUCAUAUAUCUGGAUCUACUACCUUUGAUGCUAGUUUUCAUUCCCAUGAGAACAUGGGAUUAUCUGAUCAUAAAUCUUUGGAGAUUCUAAUGAGGACAUCUAGCUUGAGGAAGCCUUCUUUCAGGUUUUCUAAGGUCAAAAUUGCAGAUAAGCCUACUUGCUCUUCCACCAUUAGAAAUUCAAAGUUUCCUAGAAAUCCUCCACUGAAACUGGGGAAAUCUGAAUCAGAUAUACUUCAAGUUUAUAAAGUUUGUCCGUACCACCAUUGUUCUCUUCAUGGGCAUACUCAAGAUUCAUCAACCUCAUCAAAGCGGCAUGGCAUGGUGAGAAAAUCAACAAAAUUGAAGAAAAACCUAAAACAGUUAACAGAAACGAACAUGGAUGGAAAUCUUGAUUCUGAUUCCUCCAACAAGAGCCUUCUUCCACCUGGCAGUCAGAAAGAGAAACAUAUGAGCAUGUGGAACCUCAUUCGUAGACACAUGUCUUCAUCUCUUGCUGCAGAAUCCAGAAACGUAGAAAUUUCUGGAUUAAGAGCUGAUUCUUUUGGAGAAGAAACGGCCACUUUGGAUCAGGAUGAAAAGGUUCUUGCUGUUAAACUUGUACGAGAAGCGAUAGAGAGAAUUCUUCUUCCAGAGGUUAGUGACAGUGCACCAGACCAAGAACCAGUCGAAAAGAAUUAUCACAGUGAAGGUUCUGCAGACAUAAAAACAGUGGAAAACUACAAUGCACCUUCUGGUUCAGAAGUGAUGAACACCAUAGCUACUGAUAAUUAUGAAGGUCAACAUACAGAGGGAUCAAAAGAAGAGGUUCCAAAUAUAUCUAACAGGAAAGCGCCAAAACAGUGGAGUAAUCUGAAAAAAUGGAUCCUGCUCCAACGCUUUACCAAGGAAUUGGAAAGAGUAAGAAGACUAAACAAGAGGAAGUCAAGGAAUUUGCAGGUAGAGCCUGGUCUUGAAGCAGAAAAGGUUCAUUUGAGACAUCAAACUGUGGAGGAGAAGAAACAGGCAGAAGAAUGGAUGCUUGAUUAUGCACUUCAACAAGCAAUGCGUGAACUCGCCCCAACUCAGAAAAGGAAAGUGGAACUACUAGUAAAGGCAUUUGAAACUAUGGUUCCUCUCCAAGGAGAUCAGAAUAUUCAAUCCGCAUUUCCCAAGCUCGAAAGUGAUGGAGAAGCAGAUGAUGCCAUUUGCAAGGCUGAGAACCUCAAUAAGGAAGCAUCUACAGAGUCUGUACCAACACAGUCUGUACAACAGCUUGAUGAGUUCCAUGGAGGAUAUCCCACUAAUGAUGGUGCAGGCAAAGCACAUGAUGGUACAGGCAAAGCACAGAUGGGAAACCAAAAUUACAUUGCCAUGUGGCAUAUGGUGUCUCAACAUGUUCUGUCAGGCAUUGCGUCAAACACUAAAAGUGCGCUGCUUGAUGAAACAGAUGAUGAAUCCGAAGGGAGCCUCACUUUGGGAGAAGCAAAAUCCAAACUUCCUUGUGAUGAAGAAAAUCAUGGUCUUGAUUCAAGCUGCCAGAAAAGAAGCUUUAACAGAGACGACGCCAUCAAACUCGUCAGAGAGGCAGUGAACGAGAUCCUCAUAACACAAAUUCAAGAUGAUACCUUUGACUCAAAGCCGGAUCAAACUCAUUUGAGUUUGGGAGAGACGAGUCUGGAAGACAAUGAGUUAGUAGCCAAAGGAAAAGAAUCGGGAACUGAUAAUCUCACUGAAAAUAAAGAGAUCAGAGAACCAUCAUUAUUUAAGAAAGAAGAAGCAGUUGUAGCAAAGCCUGAACUGCAGAAAUCCAAUAAGUGGGGUAAGCUGAAAAAGCUUCUUAUCCUAAAGAGAUCAAUCAUGGCCCUGGAAAAUGCUAGGAAAAUCAAAUUCCAGGAACCACAACAUCUGUCACUGAUGCCUAAUCCAGAACCAGAAAGAGUUGACUUAAGGCAUCAGAUAAUGAAUGAGAGGAACAAGGCCCAACAGUGGAUGCUUGAUUAUGCAGUGCAGCAUAUUGUGACUGCACUCACUCCUGCCAGGAAGAGAAGGGUGGCAAUGCUAGUGGAAGCUUUUGAAGCUGUUGUUCCAUUUCCAGAUAAUAUAAGCACAUAAUCUAAGAUCAACAAUUAUGGAAUUCAAAUCUUAGUGUUGAGGCUUUAAGUAAAACUGUGAAAGCAAACACUAAUACACUAUAGGGAUUCUUAGUUAUGGUAUUGAUUGAUUGUUUUGUUGGUUUGAACAGAUUGCGUUUCAUUUUCUUUUCUUUCUUUUUAGAACUUCAUCUAUCCUCAUUUGGCCAGGUUAAUUCUAUUAAUAUCUGUACAACACUGUGUAUAAAUAAUGAUUGCACCAUUAUUCGAGCUAGCUCAACUGCUCAAGAGGUUAAAUGAUGGUUGUUUGAGGAAACAUUCUCAAAUUUAUCUUC